AUGGCAGAAGACAAGGCUCCUCCUCUUCGACCUCCAUUUACAUUGCCACAGAGUACUGCGCCAGGCUUGCAGGCCGCGCUCCAAUCGCUGCCAGCUACAUACGAACUGCGGACGCAACAUGUAGUACAUCUAGUGAACGAUGAUGUAGAGGGGUUCUUAGAGCAAGACUUGGAUCUGGAGCGUCUCAAUGUCAUCCAUCAUCUACUAUGGAUGGCUGGAAGGCCUCUCAAUGCCCGUCCUCUGCAUAGACAGCAGAUGAUGGGCUUCGAUGUACUGCAGACCGAACAGGCAGAUCUCCACCUUCUCAAGUUCUCAAACCGCCUCUUCAUCAAACCUCUACCGGCAUUCUUACUGAACUGUGAGUUUUGGGAAAAGUAUCUAUGCGGACCUAAAUCAAAAGCCUUGCAUGAAUCUGCGUGUGGCUUUUUGCUAUCAUACCUCUGGCUCGUCCGGUCACCUUUGGAUCUGAAAGUAGCCCAAGAAUUGGAUCUCUUGCCUUUGCCCAUCACAUGGGUUUCUUGGAAACGAUUUGUUACUGAUUUCUGUUCACACGUCGACGUGAACUCGCUACAUCAAGUCAACAAACGCUAUCUAUUCGGCGAGCUACGCCUCGGGAGGAUCAACACCAUCUACCGCAUUCGCUUCUUCAGGACGCAUUUUGUCCGCGGCUACCUCUACGGCUACAACCGCUACGUUGUCUUCUUUCAAAGGAACUUCGGCUGGGUUCUCAUCGUCUUCGUGUUCUUCUCGCUGGUCUUCUCAGCCAUGCAAGUCGGCGCGGGAACGCCUCAGCUCGCUGACAGCGCGACGUUUCAGAAUGCGGCGUACGGGUUUACUGUCUUCUCCAUCGUCGCAGUCGCAGCUUUACUAGGGUUCGUGGCGGUAACGUUCAGUUCGAUGUUCAUCUAUAACAUGAUCUCUGCGAUAUCGCACGACAAAACGGAGAACGCGAAACGCAAUUCCCGCGCUCAGAGGAGCCAUGAUAGAGGUGAAGCUGCUUAAGAAUAUCGAAACAUUUUUAUGGGGAAGAAUGUCCGAACGAGAGACGCGACUAAACACUCAAAGCUCAUCCUUAAGCUCCGCA